CACCUGACGUCUCGAUGGCGACCGGCAAAGGCCGAUAACGGUCGGUCAGCCCCCUGUAUUUAUUGAUUUUUCUCUCCGCGUUACUGAAGACAAGCAGCCACUAGGUUGGAACCGUAUCCAUGGCUACAUGUUUCUAGAGGCAUCACAUGACGUAAACUGACCAAUGGACAUCCAAUAAUUCUACUUCCGCCAAGUCAUUAUUCCGGAAAUGUUUCACCAUUCCCCUUACUUUAAAUAUUCCAACGUGGAUGGUUGAGACUCUGGUGUUGUUCUCUUCCAAGACUGUUCUCUGAACCCAAUUCUUUUGACAAGAAAUAUCAGAUGACACUGGCAUUAAAAAAAAAAAAGAAUUUUAUUACUUUGGCUACAUCAUCAAUAUUUAGCAUGGCUGGCCGGCAACGUAUUUUUCUGCAGUAUAUGGAUAAUUUAUCCUGAUCGCGCUAUUUAUAGCAUUAUCUCGCGUUUGAGAAAUAAAUUUAUUUCUGUAUCUUACAAUGUUUAGCAUAUUUUAAACACUAAAAGAAGACAUUAUCCACAGACGAUAUAACCCAGUUUAGAUAAAUCUAUGGUGGAUUGACUGAAAUAUUUCCUCCAAACUCGAGAAUCUCAACAAGUUUUUUCUCAAUUUCACUGUCUGGAAUAUUAGAGGAAUAUUUUGUAUUUUAAUGGUAAUGACAACACAAAUAUUUGUAAGGAUUAAAAGGCAAAACUGAACAGAUAAGAAUAUCUACAUAAUUGAGAGAAAAAAAAUUAUUUUGGCAAAUGAAUUCUGUGAAAACAAAGUUAAUUGCAAAACAGUAAAAUAAGAUUGAUUUUUUUUUUUUUUUCCUGAUGGGAUGCUGAAAGAGAGAAGGAAACCAUCAUACGACUGUGAUAUCUGUAAAAUGUCUUUAUCUCAGGAAGAUAACUUAACUCCUCAAGACAAUUUUCACACAAGGGAAAAGCUAUAUCACUGUGGUAAAUCAUUCUCUAAAAAUUAUCAUGUAACCACUCACAAAAGCAUUCAUACAGGAGAGAAAUCAUAUCACUGUGAUGUCUGUAGUAAAUCAUUUUCUAGAAAUUGUGACUUAACUGCACAUAAACGUAUUCAUACAGGAGAGAAACCAUAUCAGUGUGAUAUCUGUGGUAAAUCAUUCUCUCUAAAUAAUCCCUUAACUAUUCACAAACGUAUUCAUACUGGAGAGAAGCCAUAUCACUGUGAUAUCUGUGGUAAAUCGUUUUCUGGAAGUAGUAACUUAACUAAACACAAACGUAUUCAUACAGGAGAUAAACCAUAUCACUGCGAUAUUUGUGGUAAAUCAUUCUCUCUAAAUAAUCCCUUAACUAUUCACAAACGUAUUCAUACAGGAGAGAAGCCAUAUCACUGUGAUAUCUGUGGUAAAUCGUUUUCUGGAAGUAGCGAUUUAACUAAACACAAACGUAUUCAUACAGGAGAGAAACCAUAUCACUGCAAUAUUUGUGGUAAAUCUUGCUCUACAAGUAGUGACUUAAUUAAACACAAACGUGUUCACACAGGAGAAAAACCGUUUCAGUGUGAUAUAUGUGGUAAAGCUUUCUCUCAAACUGGAAAAUUAAUUACUCACAAAUACAUUCAUACUGGAGAAAAACCGUAUCACUGUGAUGUCUGUGGUAAAUCAUUCUCUCAAGGAUGUAACUUAACUACUCACAAACGUAUUCAUACAGGAGAGGAACCGUAUCAUCAUUGUAAUAUCUGUGGUAAAUCAUUCCCUAGAAAAAGUGACUUAACUAGACACCAACGUAUUCAUACAGGGGAGAAGCCAUAUCCCUGUGAAAUCUGUGGUAAAUCAUUCACUCAAAAUAGUGACUUAGCUAAACACAAGCAUGUUCAUACAGGAGAGAAACCAUAUCAGUGUGAUAUCUGUAAUAAAUUGUUCUCUUAUUCAUCAAACUUAACCAGUCAUAUACGUAGCCAUACAGGAGAGAAGCCAUACAAUUGUGAUAUCUGCGGUAGAUCAUUCUCUGGAAGUAGUAACUUAACGAGACACCUGCGUAUUCAUUCAGGUGAGAAGCUGUAUCACUGUGAGGUCUGUGGUAAAUCAUUCUCUGAAAGUAGUGUCUUAACCACUCAUAAACGUGUUCAUACAGGAGAGAAGCCAUUCCCCUGUGAUGUCUGUGGUAAAUCAUUCACUAUUAGUAGUUGCCUUAGCAGACACAAACGUAUUCACACAGGAGGAAAGUCACAUGGCUGACGUCUUUGUUAAUGCAUUCUCUACAAAAAAGGUAAUUCGUCAAACCUGUAUUGAUUCUUGCAGAAAAAGAACUAUAUUAAUAUUGAGUCGUUUGUCUGUUAUUUUGCACAAGACUUUGUAACAUCUAGAUGGAUAUAAUUUCAGCUAUUGGGAGUAAAGUGACCACUCGUUUAUUUUGAACCCAGCUAAAUAAUACUGUUUUAACCAUUUCAAAAACUUGUUACCCCUCCACCAAUAAUCCAACAUGAUGUUUGUGUUCUGUAAAUAUUGCUUUAUUAAUCUCAGCAACCAUAUUUUUUAUCACUUAAUUACAUUGGCAAUCUAAUAUGGCAGUAUUAGUUCGCUUAAGGAGUUGUUGUUAAGUGGAUCCUUCUUUGCCUUUUGCAGAAUGGUAAACAUUUGAACCAGACUGCUGGGACCAACCCUAGCUUUAUGAUACAAGAUCACUGUUUGAAAGUGAUUUAUAUUAAAAUCUUCAACCAAAAUUUCAUAUUACUUUGAUCUUUAACACCAGCUUAAUAAUGACAAUUAUCUUACUAACUUCUUCAUUAUUUUCAAAAUUAAUUCAAACCAAAGCAGUGGAUUUGAUCAGAAGUCUGAUGCUAAAACAGUUAAACUUCACCAUGGUGCAUGACAAUCUUCUCCUGUCCAUUGACUUCCUGUAAAUUAGGAAAAUAUUUUUACUAAAAUGGAAGCUGUUUUAAAUAAAAAUUUCUUUCUCCAUAUCAGUCUCUCUGUGUGGCUAUUCCUUGUUGAAUGUCCCCAUUUUCAUCUUUCAAUAUACAGUUUUGUGUUGCUUUUACAAUUGAUACAUCUACACCACCACCUUCCACCCUUGCUCAUCACUCACCACGUUAACCUCUACUUCCACCUGUUUCUUCCUCACUCACAGUAUUUUAUCUGCCACUACGUUCUGAGUUCAAAUUCUACCGAGGUUGACUUUGCCUUUAGACAAAACAAGAUGCACGGAUCAUUCACAGCCAAUUGCUUCCUCAGUCGGAAUCUGGAAUGUCCGUGUAGUUUCGCCCAAUACUUUAUUAUUAGAACUGCAAAAACCUCACAAGAAUAUCACAAAAUAACUACUACUCAGAGUUUCACAUUCUCGUUUGUCAAACAAGAUCAAGAAUGGAAUAAAAAUUGGGAUUGUCCAUUUAAUGUAUAGUUUGAUACGAUUCAAAUUGACAUAUUUUAUUCCAUUCUUGAUCACAACUUCCCGACGAACAGCAAAGUGAAACUCUGAGCAGCAGUUUUUUGUAAUGUUUACAGCUUUAAUAAUAAAGCAUAUUACUCUACCUCCGGUAAUCAAGUACUAUUUUUCCCCCCCACCUUGUUUUACAUUUAUGUGCUUGCUCAGGUAUAUAUCUAUAAACCAAGUUGUUUUGAUAUAGACAUAACGGUCUUCAGCUACAUGAAUCGUUCUCAAGACACGUAUUUCACAAUAAAUAUUAGACUCAAUAAAUGGAUGAAAACUUUUAUUUUGAAUCCUCCUAACACAUUCCCAUCCUGCUUUUCUAAGAGAAUGUGUGUGUGUAUGUGUUAGUUCUAGUUAUAUAUAUUGUAUAUAUACUCAAAUACCCAAAAUUUCAAGGAGUUCCUGCAUUAAAAACAGGAACAACACCAAAGUUAUUUUGUGUUCUUUGCUACAUUGGUUUCUAUUAACCCAUUUAUUCUAUCCGAAGAAUUUUUAUUCAUUAAGAUAGAAGAAAUACAUAUAAUUUAAUAUAUAUAUACAUCUUGUAUAUUUUUUACUUGUUUUAGUUAUUAAGAUUGCAGCCAUGCUGGGGCACCACCUUAAAUAAUUUUUAGUCGAAUGAUUCGAACCUAGGAUAUAUUCUUUUAAAGCUUGGUUAUUCAGUUGGUGUCUUCCGCCAAGCCGCUAAGUUACAGGAACAUAAACAAACCAACACCAUUUGUCCAGCAAUGAGGGGGGGGGCGAACACAGACACACACACAUAUACAUAUACAAUGGGCUUCUUUCAGUUUCCGUCUAUCAUAUCCACUCGCAAAGCUUUGGUCAGCCCAAGGUGCCACACAGUGGGACUGAAUCCAGAACUAUGUGGUCGGGAAGCAAACUUCUUACCACUUAGCCAUGCUUGCACCUAAAUACACACUUUUGGCUAAACGGGAAUAAUCCAUCUCAACAUGUUGCUAUAGACACUCGCCUCUCAACGUUGCUAUCAAAUGACCUAAAUAGCGCAAUGAACAUCCAAUAAUUCUACUUCCGUUCCGGAAGUAUCUCAGCUUCGCUACUUCCACCUCCAAUCAAUAUUCCAGUAAAGAUUGUUAUUUAUUCCAAACAAAUUCCAGUGUUGUUGUCUAACUCCGUGUUCCGUGAAAUAUCUUGACGUCCAUCUGCAGUAGUCACAACGUUUCGAAACCUACCAGGGAUAUCAGAUGACAUUGGCAUAAAAGAAUUCUUUCCUGCAGAUUGUAUCAUAUCUUUAAAGACUAAAGGAAGAUAUAGAGAAUUGUUGUAAUCUGUUUAUUAUAGAAAUAUUUCUUCUGAACCGAGGUUAUUUGCAGAUUUUCUCAAAUUCGUUUGGAGUGCAUAUUCAACAGUAGGUUGCAAUACAGUAUAGAUUGUACAGAAGAAAAACAUCCAUAAUUUGAAGACAUAUUACAGAAAAUGGAUUGUGUGAGACCAAAAAGCUGAUCUUAUGAGAUUGAUUUUUCUGGUGAGAAACUGAGAAAGAAAUCAAAGAAACAUCAUAUCACUGUGGCAUUACAAAAUGUCAGUCUCAAAAGUUAAACUGAUUAAAUAUAUUCAUUGGAAAAGGAAGCAAAACCACUGUAAUGUAUGUGAUAAAUAACUCUUUAGAAAUGAUGCUUUAGGCAUUCACAAACGUAUUCAUACAAGCAAAACACUGUAUCACUGUGAUGUCUGUGGAAACCAUUCUCUUUUCAAAAGAGCCUUUAAUAGGCAAAAACUUAUUCAUACAGGUGAGCAGCCAUAAAGUAGAUAGUUGUGGUAAAUCAUUCUCUCAAAGAUAUGCUUUAUGUAGGCACAAAUGUAUACAUACAAACAAGAAGCCAUAUCAAUGUCAUAUCUGUGGUAAAUCAUUCUACACUGAAAAUGCCUUAACUCAACACAAGUGUUUGCCGUAUCUCUGUGGAUUUGGCAGUAAGUUAUACUUUGCAAAUAAUUACUUAACUGGACACAGACAUGCUCCCGUCUUUGAUCAAGCUUUCCCAAUAUAAUCAUACUUUGAUUCCACCUGUAUAUAAUCAUACAGAUCAAUAAUUAUCAAUACUAAGUCAUUUACUUGUAAUUUUAUAUACAAUUUAUAAACAAUGAAAGCCUAAUAAAGAUAGUUCUUAAUAAUAAUUGGUAACAAUGUGACCUUGUUGCUAUUUGGAACUUCUUCAACAAAAUGAUCCUCUUACUGUGGGCUGAACCAUUCUAAAGACCCAUUGUAAUGUUACUUGUCCUAAACUGCCAUUCUACUUGUGAUGACAGCAUUCGAUGCCAUGGCUUGACCUUUUAGUGUUUAAGCCAGCUAUAUCUAGUCAAAAUACUUUACCUGUUUUAUCUUCAAGCUGGUCAGAUAUGGUCUUUCAUAGCUACCUUAUAUUGUCAUUUUUGAAAAAGUAAUCACAUCAUUGAAAUCUCAAAGCCAUCAAAUGAUGCCGGAUUAAUUUAAAAUGGUGUGAAUACAUAAUCUUUACAUUUGAUCGAAUAAUCAGAAUGCUGAAUGUUGGUAGAUCCACUUAUACUCUUCAAUCCUAACCCCUUGCUUGGAAAUAAAUCAAGGAAAUGUUGUUUUUUAUUAAAAAGGAGAAUACUAUGGAAAAUAAAACUUCCUUACCACUUUUCAA